AUGGAAAAACAAACAUUAGUGAUGAAAGGACUGAUAAUUUUAAUGAUAGUGAACAGUAUUGAUAGCAUCGAUUUUUCAACGAGGGAUCCAAGAUUUCUCAGUGGCUUUCAUAACUAUCCGUGGGGAAUGAAUGUAUGCGCAGCGCCAUCUGGCGAGCUCGGAAAUUGCAUACCGAAGAAGGAGUGUGCUGUGAGGGGAGGAUUGCCCGGAGGACCUUGUGCUAAUGGAUUUGGCGUUUGCUGUGUUUUCAUGACAAGUUGCGGCGGAAUGAUUCGCGAAAACGGCAGUUAUUUCGUAAACCCAAAUCAUCCCGACACAACCGAUGGCACAGGCUCAUGCCAAGUCAGCGUUUACAAGUUGCAUCCCGACAUCUGUCAAAUCCGCAUCGAUUUCGACUUCUUUUCCAUCGCAGGUCCCGAGCCCAUUAACCACAUUUGCAACUUGGAUCAAUUUCUCGUAGCGGGCGGAAGUCCAGCGCCCGUCAUAUGUGGCGUUAAUAACGGCGAGCACAUGUACAUUGACGUAGGUCUCGGCCAAAGUAAUCCAUUAAUCCUCACAAUAAUCACAAGCGGACCGUCGUAUCCACGCGCAUGGCGAAUACGUGUCACGCAAAUCCCGUGCAACAGCAUUUGGCGAGCAGAUCCGGGCUGUUUGCAGUAUUACACGGGCGUCAAUGGUCGCAUUCGCAGUUUUAACUUUGACACGACUUCGGGGCGACAACUUUCGAAUCAGGAUUAUUCGGUUUGCAUCCGAACUGAACGCAAUUUCUGCUCGAUUCAGUACCAAGCGUGUGUCGAUCCAAACAGAAAUCGAAGUCAGUCGUUCACGUUGUCGGGAAAUUCGAAUUUAAUUGUGCCCGCGAUGAUUUCCGGAGGUACUCAAGGUCAACCAAACUCGUGUCAAGCGGAUUGGUUGAUGAUUCCGUGUGCAAAAGUGGCAGAUCGGAUGCCUGUGCCAACAACUUGUGAAGAUAAGAUUUGCGGAGGAACGUUUAAUGCGGAAAUAAGUUCGCUUGAAAGGACAGUAAGCUCCAAUAUAAGACCUUUUAGGAUGUCGUUUCACACAGAUUCGGUAGAAGCUCCUUUGGAUACGGACAAUAAAGGGUUUUGUUUAACGUAUGUGCAGCAACCGUGUACGACGACAAAUGGAUGAAAUUGGUAUUGAACU